UGCACCAUUGGCUCUCUGUGCGCAUCCGGGUACUGCAGCACACAGCCAACCUAUGAGGCCGAAGACACCAAUAUGGCGGAGGCUUCCUUUGGGAGUUCGAGCCCUGUUGGCUCUUUGUCCUCAGAGGAUCACGAUUUUGAUCCAACAGCUGAGAUGUUAAUUCAUGAGUAUGACGAUGAGAGAACUUUGGAGGAGGAAGAGCUUUUGGAUGGAGAAAAGAAUUUCAGUGCAGAAUUGUCAGACUUGGAGAGGGAGGGGAACAUGCCGAUCGAGGAGUUGUUGGCUAUGUAUCGUUAUGAGGCGUCAGUCAGUACAGGGGCAGGAUCUAGCAUGGACAGUUCUUCCGUUGAACUAGCUGAUGAUCUGCCUGACAUGACCCUGGAUAAGGAGGAGAUAGCGAAAGAUCUCUUGUCAGGAGAUUAUGAAGAGGAGACCCAGUCCUCUGCUGAUGAUCUGACCCCUUCUGUUACCUCCCAUGAUGCCACAGACUUCUUCCCUAGAACACUCAGAUCCAACGCAACAUAUGAUGGUGAUAAAGAAUAUGAGUGGGAGGAGGAUGGUGUGAGCAGUGAAGAUUCUAGAAAGGAAAUAAUGGUUGGGUCUCAGUAUCAAGCAGACGUUCCCAUGGGGCUUAGCCACUAUAAUGAGGAUGAAAAGGCAUACGAGGAGGACGAUCAGCUGCUGUGGUGUCCUGACGUGCUGUCAGAAAGUAAAGUGAGAGACUACCUCAGAGAAGCACUGUCACAGUCUACAGAUGACGGCACACAAGAUUCCACAUCUGAACACAUACGAGAUAACGAACAGGCCUUGUUCGAGCUUUUCAAAAGUAAUUACAACACCUGUGAGGCACUGACGCGAUACUGCAGUAAUGUGAAGACCUUGAAGGAAGAAUCCCCACCAUGGUCAGAGGAGGAAUGUAGGAACUUUGAACAUGCGCUGCAGAUUUAUGAGAAAAACUUCCAUCUUAUUCAGAAACACAAGGUUCAGACACGGACUGUAGCAGAAUGUGUGGCUUUUUAUUACAUGUGGAAAAAGUCGGAACGUUUUGACUUCUUUGCUCAACAGAACCGAUUCGGCAAGAAGAAGUACAGUUGUUACCCGGGUGUGACAGACCUGAUGGACAGGCUGGUGGAUGAGGCCGAGGGUCUGGCGGUGGACAGCUCUUUAUCCGUGUGUUCGACAGGAGCAGGGGGAAGGAUGGAGGCGUCAGCCGAGCAACAGCUCGGACUGCUCAACUCUAUCACUGCUAGUGACCUUACAGCCCUUAGUAAUAGCGUAGCAACUGUGUGCAACGGUCCAGGAGACAUGAGCUGUAUGGACUCCCCUUAUUUCCCUCCUCUGGAGAGUUUACACAGAGGAGCCAUGAACCAUGAUGAUCAGCUGAGCUACACCACAAACGGAGACAGCGGCUGCCUCAGCAUGCUGGAUUCUGGCUUCUACCGCUCGGAUCUGGGUCAGAUCAGCGUGUGCAGCACCAAAGACUGCGAGCGGCCCUCCAAGAGGCUCAAGAUGGGCCUUUCGGAGUCCUUCAUGAACGAUGUGUCCGUUACUAACCUGGGCGUGGACUUCGAGGGCAGACGCGCACGUCGCAUUACGGGCACCACGAUGGCGGUGUCGGUCACAGACUUCAGCAGCAUAGGGAGCGGUGAAGCCAACAGUUUUAUCAGCUCUCAUUCACGACACCACCAACACACUGCACUUCAGUCUGACUGACUUCUUUCUGCCACCCAGACACUGACUCAUCUGCUCACUGACUAUUAGUUCUUUUUUAAAUUAAGAAAUCUAUAUAUAUAUGAAUAUAUGAGUAUAUAUGAAUAUACCUUUUGGUCGUUUUUUUGUUUUUGGAAUAUGACAUCAGUGAUGUCUUUAUUGUACAGAGCUAAGAAAUCUUGAUUUCUCAAGAGUUUAAAUAGCCAUUUAUUUUUCUGGUCCUUCAGAUAUUUAAUAUCCUUUUUGUCUUCGGUGAUAUACAGUUAAACCUAAAUGCUGGAGCUAAAGUCUUUUACUGUUCUCAUCCCAACGCCUGCAUCUUUGUUUUAUCGUCUCACGGAUAAAUGGCUGCUGCCAAAACUGCAUUUUAUUUUUUUUGUUACAGGCUUUUCGCUUUUCAUGUAUGUGUGUCUGUUUCAAAAAUGGGUACUUUUUUUCCAGAGUUUACACCCCCGAGAUAGACUAAGCCUUGGGAAAUGUAGCAUUUUGUAUAUCAGGAAACUGGCUCUUGUAAGUGAAAAUAGUGAGCAGGAGUAUUACGUUUAAACAGCACUUUGUUUCUCGUUAUUGGUUGGUGUUCGAGUUAGGAUGUUUUUAAGUAUAAGCUUUAAUAACUCAAUUUAUUGUGGUAAUCUGAUAACUUUUUUUUUUUUGGUUGAUCUUUUUGCUUAAUUGUUAAAUUUUGUGUAUUACAACAAUUGACUGAGAAGAACACUAAUUGAAUCUUUCUCAGAAAUGUAGAUUUUCCAGUUCCCAAAGUUUCCACUAUAGUUUUUUUUUUGGUCCAAGAUUUGGCACUCAAGUAACAAUAACCUCCAAUAGCAUUUUAUGAGACUGAUUGGCUCUAUGGGACAGUUGCCUGCACUCUACAGUAUUAGCAUAAAUAUUAAACUGUGAAGUGUGCAGGACAUUUAUGAUUCCCCUUUGAGCAUGCAAAGCUAUUUACAUUCAUUUUUUUUUACAAAGUCUGCUGCUCUAAACUGCAGGCGCUUUAGUACCAAUUGAACCAGUGUUAUUUUUUUUUCCCGCUAUGCAUUAUGUAUAUUUCGUAGCUGUCAGGGGUAAUGAGAACACCUGAAUGUUAAUUGAGAUAAUUAUUAAUCACUCUGGACCUCUUUUUAUGUUAAGCUCUCUAUCUUAAGUUCUUUACCAUUGUUGUAUAUUGUAUGCAUGAAGCAGAUUGGACUCUUGUUGAUCCUUUGACAUAUUUCAAGCUGAUUAAUACUAAAUGCCAAAAAGCAAUCAGCUUGCCACACUGUAUCAAAACCGAUACUGCCUCUGAGCUCGAGUCCUUCCUGUUAUUUGCAUUUAAAACAAUUUACCAUAAAACUAAUUUGUAUAUUAAAAGCCCUGACUUUGAUUGGGGUAAUGCAAAAAUGUUAGAAAAAAAAAAUAAGUUUUUGAUGUAUGGCAAUAUGUAGAUAUGUAUAGAAUGUUGUUCUUCUGUAAGUCUUACAAUAUCCAUAUCUUAUUCUUGCCUUUGUUUCUUUACUGCAGUGAGACGUCAAAAACAUGCAUGUUCAUGUUUGUCGUUGCAAAAGUACCACACCAUUUUUUUUAUUUUUUUUUUGGAGAGAGAGAGGUGUGUAGAAAUGGAAAUCUGUGUGGCACAUGCUUUUUGGACACUCCCAUUUAAACCCAUUUGUUCAUCUCUUUGCUUUCAUUCGUUCACUUGAUACUUACCGGCUGCUAAUAGUAAUGUGAAGAGUCUAUUUUCUAUUGAAUGCACUGCAGUUCCAAUUAUAAUUUGAGUUUAAAGAGUCUUUUGCAUCUACAUAGUUAAAACACAGGGAAGUACUCGUUGGUAGCAUGUUUGGAGUUACGAUUACAAAAGCUGAUUGAAAUGGAUCCAUAGAUGCUAUUAUUCUUUGACUGGAUAGAAAGCACUACAAAGAGUUUAUAUCUGCCAAUCUUUUUCGUUGAAAAUGUUUUCAGUGUCUGUACAUCAAGCAGAGAACUUUAUCAUGCACAACUAAUGUAGUACUUGGUGCUCAUAUAAAAAAGUUUUUUUAUUUUCAUACUUAAAAAGGUCUCCGUGCUCCUACUAUUCUGUAUUAGUACUUUUUAUAAAUGAAACCGUGAACUUCAGCAAGAUUUGCUUAAGUACAUUGACAGUAGUUUCACCCUUUUGCCUAUUGUUUCAUUUUAAAGAUAAACUAAAAUACCAGAAUGUACAGGUUGUUUUGACCUAUCGAAGUAAACGUUUUACAUCUUAAAAAUAUUGAGAAAAGUUUGGUAAAGUGGAUGUGUGUUUUAUUAUGUAUUUAAUUUAGAAAUUUAAAAGAAUUAUUAAAUAGAGGUUUUCACAUUCAACCAUGGAUGGUAAAACUUGUGAAUAAAACCAACAAAUCUUAUAAAUGUAUAUUCAUAUAUAUACACAGACAAUCAUAACAUUACAGAAUUAUUCAGAUAUCGCUAUUGUUUAUAAAAUAUGUACAUAUAAUUGUAUUGCUUUGUGGCUGGUUUUUCAUUAUUUUGUAUUUUUGUUGUACUUUAUUACUUGGUGUAAAAAGCCCCAGAAAUAAAAGCUCU